GUGGAUUUGUGGGAGGUUAUGUUGAAAAUUAAAUAAAUAUUAAUUAAAAUAUAAAGUUGGCGUCCAAUAUUUUCUACUGGAUUAAAACUUAAUUCCAAAAUGAAAAAGGAAGAAGUUCAAGAUAUAUUCCUCAAAAUACUGAGAGAAGAAGAGGAUGUAUCCGCAGGAGUUGCAGCUAUACGAACCCUUUUGACUGUGAUAGAAAACUAUAAAGUUGCAACAGUGAGAGAGCUGGACUUAAACCUGCAGUUGGCUGUAGACGCGAUGCGACACUGCGACCAGCCUGUAACGGCCAUUUCCUCCGGCUGCGAACUCUUCAUGAGAUUCAUAACCUUGGCAAAGUUAGAUGUUAAGUCAUUUGAAGAAUGUGAACAGAUAAUGUUGCAGAGAGGUCGCAUAUUCCUUGACACAUUGCUUGAGGCCAGAGGGAAGGUGGCCAAACAAGCUUUACCCUUCAUUAGUGAUGGUUGUAAAAUCCUAACACAUUCUCGGUCCAGAGUAGUAUUACAAGCUAUGUUAGAAGCAUCAAAAGCUAAUAAAAGGUUUCAAGUGUUUGUCACUAUGUCAUCUCCAGAUAAUAGUGGUGAGCUUAUGCACAAACAGCUGGUGGCUGCGGGCAUCGACGCCACAUUGAUCCUGGACAGCGCAGUAGGAUACAUUAUGGAGCAGGUGGACCUCGUCAUGAUCGGCGCCGAGGGCGUCACGGAGAGCGGCGGCAUCAUCAACAAGAUCGGCACUUACGGCCUCGGUAUAGCGGCAUCAGAACUCAAGAAACCAGUCUACGUUCUAACAGAGAGCUUCAAAUUCUCCCGGAUAUAUCCUCUCAACCAAAGGGAUGUCCCCAACGAGUUCAAGUACCUCUCAAGUGUCCUCAAAUCUGGUAAGGACCUCACGAAACAGCAUCCCUUAGUAGAUUACACACCGCCAGUCUAUAUUACCUUAUUGUUUACGGAUCUAGGAAUUCUCACGCCGUCAGCUGUUAGUGACGAACUCAUCAAACUGUAUUUGUAGUGUAAGUUGUGCCUUAUAAUGUUAAUAAAUUUUGUACAUAUUAA